GAGCGUCGACCCUCAUCAUCAAAAAUAGAAAAAUAACUGGGUCUCCAAAGGUUACCCCGCAGUUAUGCGUCGCUGCUAAAUUUUGAUUGAACCGACAUGCUUUAUUUUGGAUCAAACCCGCAGUUCUAACUUUUUCAACGCGUUCAUCCGGUCGACAACGUGUUUCGGCAACCAGAUAUCCCACGAAUAUUCCGAGAUUUGAAUAUGGUUCAUCACUGAAUUUGGCAUCAGCUUCUUAUAAUCCUGUGGUUGGAACUUUCAAGAGAAGCUCCCUCCUUCCCUCUCUUUAAUAGCGCCAACAUAUUGUUCAGAUCUUUGUUCGACAGGACUGCAAGUUCUUUCUAUUAGGAGGAUGAAAAGAGUUAUCUGAAGUUAUGAUUCGCAUUCACAGCGAUACCGUGCUGUUCUUCGAGAUAUUGGCAAUAUUAAAUUCAACGACCGAACAAUCAUGUCAAAUUCCAAACUAGAUUUUUCAAAGUAGGAACAGGACUUCUUCAAGCAGAAACUAAAGGAUUUGGGUGAAUAUGGCAUGGUACGGCCGCAUUUUCCGUGCCAGUCGUGAUAGCAGUCGUGAUAGAGCGGGCAUAUCGGCCAUCACACCCUUUGCUUACACAAGCACCAAUCAACUCCAUUAUGUAUACUGACAAAUGCUAAACCAACCAACUCCGCAAAUUCUUGCAGAAGGAUUCAAACAACCAACAUGAUCGUGUAAUCACACAUUAGCCUGGGUAUAUUCUAAAACCACUCGACCAAGAAGGAUCACGUGAGAAUAUAAUCAGGCUGUGGUUAUCAUAGGAGUAAGUCGGCUGGGAUGCAUAAGCCCUUGAUAUUGGGGCCCGAAGAUGGGGCUGACGUGAAGCAACCUGCUUAUCCCUUAGUCUCUCCAUGUACAAUUGGACAGUAUCUUCAAGGUGAAGGCUGGGCACCUGUAUAUGGAUCCUGCAGAUUUCCAAUCAUCUGAUAUCCACAUUCCAUGAUGUGUAUCCAACAGUUGGCGUCGGUAUGACACGUUUAAAUAGCAGGCCACGUUCUCUUUCUCAUCUGAAUAUCUCAUUGCAAAACAUACAUCCCUUUCUUCUCUAAAUCUCCAUUGCAAAUCACACCUCACCUAUUACGAAAAUCGGAAACAGUAUCUCAAACUAUGGCUAGUCUAGAACAGCAAUUCGAAGCAGCAACCUCAGCUCGAGAGAUCCCUGGUGUUGUGCUUCUUGCCAGUAACGUCGAUGGAACAUUCAAAUACGAAAGGGCAAUUGGCCCAGCAACCCCAAACUCUCAAAUUGAGCUUGACUCAACCUUCGUCAUGGCAUCAUGCACAAAGCUAAUAGCUUCUAUCGCCGGUUUGCGGUGCGUAGAGCAGGGACAAAUUGGUCUUGACGACGAUUUGUCUCCCAUCCUAACAGAGUUCAAAGAUAUCCAAAUACUGGAGGGCUUUGAAACUGGAGCAGAUGGAAGGGAAAUUCCUAUUCUCAAGCCAGCUAAGAACAAGGUCACUCUAAGACAGCUUCUCACUCACACAUCGGGAUUCGGCUACGAUAGUUACACACCAGAACUCGUCCGAUUCCGCGCCUCUCAAGGUAUCGACUCCGUUCAUACCCAUCGAACCGAGAUGUUAAAGGCAAUCACUCUUCCCCUUGUGUUCGAGCCCGGUACAUCUUGGACCUAUGGGUACAGUCUCGAAUGGGUAUCUGUUCUUGUUACUCGUCUCAACAACGGUCAAUCCUUAGAAGACUAUGUUCAAACCCACAUUUUCAACCCCCUCAAUAUCAACGACAUAACUUUCCACCGCGACCGCAACCCACACGUUCAAGAAAAGCUCGUGAAAAUGACAGUUCGCAGUGGUUUAGACAAUCCCAAACCAGCCCUCGCAUUUCCAAGCGAAGGCAAUGGGAAAGUAGACUGGACCGAUGAACUUGUAUACAUCAUAGAACAAAAAGAUUGUUUUGGCGGCCAGGGACUUGCCGGUUCCGCAAGUUCGUAUCUCAAAAUUCUGACAUCUCUUCUUCGCGACGAUGAGCUUCUCCUCAAGAAAUCCACCACAGCGGAAAUGUUCAAACCACAGCUCUCGGAAAAAGUGGUAAAGGAUUUAUCUGCCAGUUUCGUGAGCGCAGAUUACUGGCAAGGAAAGUUUGCUAGUCAGACAUCGGGACUAAAAUUGAACCAUGGAUUGGGUGGAUUACUCAUAGAAGAAGAUAUUGAAGGAAGCAGGAAGAAAGGUACCCUGACCUGGAGCGGAUUACCAAAUUUAUUGUGGAGUAUCGAUAAAGAGACGGGACUGGUGUGUUUCUAUGCUAGCAACGUGUUACCUUUUGGGGAUCCCAAGAGUCAUGAGAUGCAACAGCUGUUUGAGAAAGAGAUGUAUAAGAGAUUUGGCGAGUUUCAGAAGACGUUGAAUUGAGGCUGAUAGAGAGCUUGCUUCAGGGUCUCGCUUAUGUCUUCAUUUUGAUUUCGGAUUUCUAGUUCUUAUUAUCCAAUCUACUACAAAACAUUGAAUACCUGUGUAUAGCCAUGCCGUCUUAAAACAUGCUAUUGAGAUUAACUUCAAUAUUUAAAAUCGUCCACCGCCAUAUACAAACUACAACCAGAUAGAUACGAAACCUAGAAGAGAAACUUACGAUACAGCUAGACAAAUCCAGACACUGAGGACUAGGACUUCAACUCGAGAAAUCCAUCACCAACCCAUCCCUCCUCUCCA